AUGGCGUGGCUGGGCCUCGCGCAGGCGCCGGCGGUGGUGGCGUUCGCGCUAGCGGCCACCAUCCUCUCCACGCCGCCGCCGGGGCCGGAGACCUUCUCCAACAUCCCGCCCACGCUCUCCGGGGACGACAAGGCGAGGGUCCGGAUCAAGCACCCCAAGUCGGCCAAGGCGCUGCAGUGCACCUCCAAGUGCGUCGCCACCUGCAUUCGCGGCGGCGAGGGGCCCCUCAACGUCAGGAAGCCCCUCGUCGUCUUCAAGGACCAGUUCCGCAGCCGACAGUACUGCCUGACAGAGUGCUCGGAGAUCUGCAACCUCAUCAAGGACGGCGAGGAUGGGCCUUGACAAAGAAGUUUCUGCCCAGAAAGA